UUCCAAGCCAAACCCUUCUGUGAUUCUUUGAUGAUUCAGGGCUCUGCUGGAGGCCUCAGGAGAGGCUUUCCAAGCCUCAGACGCAGAUGAAGAAAAUGUUCUCCUCUCUCAGCAUCCUCCUGAAGGCACCACGGGCCUCCUGCAGCCCCAGGCCCACACAGGGUGCUGGAGUUUGGUGCAUGCCCUGCCCCUCUGAACGCUCCUGAGAGAGGUCCCUGGACUCCCUGUGGCUCGGGGCACAGGGUUUGGGGCUGGAAGCUCUCUCUGAAGCAGUGGGGUGAGAAGGGCCCCAGGCUGAGUGGGUCUCUGGAGCAUCCCCUCCUCCCUCGGUGCCUUGUUGAUCUCGAGCUCUCCGGGCUGUUUGUCCCUGGUGUGGUGCUGUGCUGUGAUAACCGUGCCUGACCUUGCAGCCUGCCCGGGGCGGCUGCACUCGUGUCCUUGGCGCUCCUCAGGAGUGCCCGUCCCCCACAGCACCCCCCGGCUGCUGCCUGUGCCAACCCUCCCUCUGCUGUCCCCUCUCUGUCCCCUCUGCUGUGCUGUCCCCUCUGUGCCCAGCUCUGUCCCCUCUGUGCCCAGCUCUGUCCCCAGGAUGGCCCUGUGGCUGUCCCUGCUGUCGCUGCUGUCGCUGGCGCUGGCUGGCGCUGCCCAGGACCCGCUGCUGAACGUGUGCAUGGACGCCAAACACCACAAGAGCCAGCCCGGCCCCGAGGGGCAGCUCUACGGACAGUGCUCCCCCUGGAAGGACAAUGCCUGCUGCACAGCCAACACCACCUCGGAGGCCCACAGGGACCAGUCCUUCCUCUACAACUUCAACUGGAACCACUGUGGGGUGAUGCCACCCAAAUGCAAGCGCCACUUCAUCCAGGACACGUGCUUGUACGAGUGCUCACCCAACCUGGGGCCCUGGAUCCAGCAGGUUGACAGCAGCUGGCGCCGGGAGAGGAUCCUGCACGUGCCCCUGUGCCGGGAGGACUGCGAGGAGUGGUGGGAGGACUGCCAGGACGCCCGGACCUGCAAAGAGAACUGGCACGAGGGCUGGAACUGGGCCACAGGAAGGAACCACUGUCCCCGGGGCAGCCUGUGCCGGCCCUUCAGGCAGGUGUUCCCCCGGCCCCAGGACCUGUGUGAGAAGGUCUGGUCCGGCUCCUUCAGCUACAGCCGCGAGCGCCGCGGCAGCGGCCGCUGCAUCCAGAUGUGGUUCGACCCCGCCCGGGGCAACCCCAACGUGGCCGUGGCCCGGUACCACGCCUGGAGGAGGAGAUCCUGUCCCCCGGGAGAGCACGGGGCCCCGGAGAGCGGCCGGGCCGUGCGUGCUGUGCCGGGCUCUGUCCCGGUGCUGCUGCCCCUGGCCCUCCUGCUGCUCCCUGGGGGAGCCCAUGGGUGGGGGUCCCAUGGGUGGGGGUCCCAUGGGUGGGGGUCCCAUGGGUGGGGGUCCCUGUGA